GCAGCGGGAGGAACGGCCGCGGGGGGCGGCCGAGGGAGCGGCUGCCGGUUCGAGCGCCUGCCCGCCCCUUCCCUGCCUGGUCCUGCCCUCCUCUUCCUUUCCCUACCGCCGUUUCACUGAAUCAGAGGUUUCCGGAGAAAGUGGCCGCAGCUUCCUCCCGGUUCGGCCUGAAGUCGUGCAUUAGGCAAUCAGAGGAUUUUUAUGAGAUAGGAAGAAAAAAAAAAUGAAAUUAUAAAGUUUCCCCAGUCGAGAGCUAUUCUGGGCAUUCGCUGGCGCUCCCUUUAAAUAGGGAAAGCUUUUGCAGCAGCCUCAGUGCCUGUGAGCAGUCUCUGUGGCUGCCGUGGACCCUCCAGACUCCAGCUCUUCCACUCCAGACAAGUUCUGCUGUUUAAUUUAACCCCAGUCAGAGGCCUGUGAUUCCCCAGGACACAGACAUCCCGGUUCUGAGACGAGCCCCUGAGCAGCAAAGAACCAUCGCUCGCAUGGUACCUGAAGUGUGACCAGACAUCACAGGGGAACAAACCUUCGCUCUGAACUCUGUAAUAUGCUUUUUCCAUCUAUGCUGCUUUGGUCCACCAUCUGGGCCACCAGCUGAGAUGGCACAGAGCACUGAGCUCCAGCCAAACGUUGAGGACGUGUUUAAUUUUCUAUCCCAGAUGCCAGAAGAUAAAGUCCUCAGCAAGGCCAGCACGGAGGCUCAGGGGGUGACGCUCAACAGCAUCCCAGCUGAGGAGCAGGAAAACCACAGCUCUGCCAUCAGCAGUGGCCCAGGUGACGAAUUCCAGAUGCUGAGAUCUCACGGGGAUGUCGGAUUUCUCCCAACGGCGAGCCCAAACUACGCGGUGAGGAGUUCCCCGGUGCAGAUUGGAGGCAACUCAGUCGUUUCAGGCCCACGGACCCUGCAUUCCUCAGGGAGUCCCUCGCUCUCCAGCUGCUUUGAGGUCAGCGCAUCGCCGACAGUUGCUUUUGACACCCAGGAGCGUGUCCCCCUGCCCAGCCGGCUGUGCGAAGGGAGCACCGGCGCUGCUGGACAGCCUGAUGGGGACAGACGGAGCCACGGCCUGCAGGAAACAAGCUGGGCCAGCGGACCCAACUCUCACCCCGGGCAGGACACAGGUGCCCAAGUGCCCCAGCCAGAGGAGGUUCUGCAGGUCAGUUCACGUCGCCCAAAUCUCCCCGUUCCUGAGAUGCAGGUGCCCACGCCGGGUGCUGUGAACCACCCUGAAGAAAGCAGUGAUGUUUCCAGCACGGUGGCAGCAGAACUUCAUGUACCAAAAGAAUGCACAGACAAAACGCAAGAUGGAAAUGAAUCAUCCACAGGCCUUCCUGACUUGAGAGCUAUAGUGGAUCCUGGUCCUCCCCACACAUCCAUGGGGGACUCCUAUGUUCCAGCAGGCACUUUUAACUCCACAUCUGCUGCCAUUUCAACCUGUUCCCUUCCUCCUCCUACUUAUUCCUCCUCCUCAACCCUUGCCUCUCCUCUUCGGAGAGCUCCUUCCAACUUCUCCUGUCCCGCUCCCCUCCACACAUCACCCUGUCCAGCCUGGCCUCCUCCCCAAACUGUGGAACCAAUGCCCACCUCAGAGCCAGACAGCGGAGAGUUCUUCAGUUUUGUCGUCCUACACGCUAGUGAAGACGAGCUUGUUGCCCGGCGGGUCAAGAACGUGCUGGAGGAGAUGGGUGUUCCCAACGGUGCCAUGCUCUGCGAGGACUUCUCCAUCGCCGGCCGCAGCCGUAUCACUUGCUUCCAGGAUGCUCUGGAAAACUCGGCGUUCACCAUCCUUCUGCUGACCAAGAACUUCCAGUGCAGCCUGUGCAUGUUCCAGACAGACACUGCUCUGAUGGAGUCCAUCCUGAACCCAUCCAAGCGCGACUCCGUCAUCCCUUUUGUGCCCAAGGAGAACCCGCUGGAGCGGAGUCAGAUUCCCAGCGUGCUUGGCACACUCACGCCCUUGGAUGAGAACUCUCCCAUGUUCUCCAGGACUGUGCACAACACCUUCAAGCCCAGUAGGAUCAAACAGAGAAAAGACAUGUGGGACCUGAUGCAGAGAAGGAAACUGCAGCUGUACAAGGAGCAAACUCUGCAGAAAUUAGCUGCUCUGAACCUGGGCUCCCUUCCCCAGGUGCCUCCAUCAGCAACACAGCCGGGGCUGCUGGAGCAAUCACCCCACCAGUGGGGUCCCCCCACUGGGCACCCCACGCCUGCUCCGGUGGGUCCCUCUCCUUUCCAACCACUCCAGCUCCCCUGGGGCCACUACACCAUGACAGCGGGUGCAGGUGUCCCACCCCUCAUCAUCCAACACGCCCGAAUGGUGCAGAUCGGGGACCACAACGUCAUGCAGGUGGAAACUGUCGCAGCGGGUGCACAGGACAGGGAGGGGGACACCACCGGUGCAGCAGGUCAGCCAAGGCCAGACACUCAGAGUUAAUCCCAAACCCUAGAUUAUAGCGAUUUUUCUGGGACUACUCUUAUUUCUCUGUGGGUAAAAGGUGCUGCUUUCCUGGAGCAGAGGAGAAAACUUCCCUCUUUGUUGCUGGACAAAAGAGGUUGCAUCCUCCUGAGACUGUUUUCCUUGUUCUUAUUUUCAAGUAACUGAGAAAAUUAUUUUCUUGAUUUUCUGAGGCUACUGGAGGGUUUUAUAAAUCAAUUUUAAUUAA